AUAAAAUAAUGACAGUGUCCUCAAAAAUCGUCCAAGCUUAAAAAAUUAUAUCCGUUGGAUAAUUUAAAGCUAGAAACUUUUUUAAGCAAAAAGUUUAUAUAAAAGCUAAAAAUUCCAACAAAUGGAAUUUAUUCCUAAAGUAACUAAAGUCAAGAACCAAUCAAUAUGAUAACAACAACAAUGAUGAGACAGUUAAGGAUAUUGGAAAUCAUAAUAAUAUGUUAUGUGGCCAAGUCUAUGGAAGGAAACGCGUUUGAAUCCACAAUUGAUGAUAUAAAUAAAAAGCAAAAUGCAAGAUCUAAACGAGGUUUUAGUCAUUAUGGGGGAAAUGACUUUGGUUCCUCAACACACGUAAGUUCUGCCGUUUUGCAAAUUGGCGGAGGUGAUGAAAAUGCUGGUAGCUUAGACUCUAGCAGUCACUUGGAUUCCUAUGCCAAAAGCGCCGUACACUUGGGCAGCCUUGAUGCUAGUAGUCAUUUAGGAGAAUCUUCUAUAAGCUCAGUACACUCGGGCAGCUUAGAUAGCAUUAGUCACUUGGAUUCAUCUGCUAGUAAUGCCAAUUCCUGGUCAACUUCAGGACACUCUUUGGGUGAAGAAGUGUGGCUAGAACCUUUACCCGAUUAUCAUAGCAGCUCUGCUAUAGAUACAUCAGCAAUACAUACCAUUUCUAUGGCUCCAUCACAUUCGGUAGCUAAUACCGUUUUCUCAGAUAAUUCGGCACAUACAGCUCAUUUUGAAAUACCCACUUCGCAAUUGCACACACAAAUCAGCAGUAGCAGCAUUGGUAGCAGUGCUUUCGAUAUUGGUGCCGGUAUUCGCGAUCAUGGUGCUGCCGCAAUAAGUGACAAUAUUGACUUUAGUAAUGUUCCCGAUAUUAAGAGUAAACAUUAUACAAAAUCGUAUGGUAAAUAAUUUAUAUGUUAUAGUGUUGUAAGGAGGGAACAAGUUAAACGAUGAUUGUUUAAUAGUCUUUUGAUGAAACUAAAAUGAAAAAAUGUUUUUAUAUUUUAAUUUGCUAUUAUUUCUAUGUGUUGUAGUUGUAAAUAAGUGUUAAUAUAAAAGUACCCUAUAGAUU